UCUCUCUCUCUCUCUCUUCAGUGUCAGUUAUGAAUAGCUGCGGACUUCUCGCACAGUAGCGACACACACACUGAAGAGUGGAGGAGGAAUAUAACGGACGAGGCCUGUGGAAAAAAAAGAUGAAAAAAUAGUGGAAACUCUCAGACCGCGUGGAUUAAGACAAACAAAGCAGAAAGACGAGACGAACCCGAGGAGGAAUCAUCUGGAAAACUGACUGGAAACUUUUGAAAAACAGUCCAAAGGAGCUUCUUAUCGAGAUUUCAAACCUCUUCAGGAUUUUAAGUGAAAGUCAGACUGACGGGAAAUCUCCGACGCCUUACUGGAUUACAGAUUUCCUUUGGGAAUUUCAUAUCAUAAACCGACUGGGACCUGACAGCAUGCUUCCUAACAUGGAGAUGAAGUGGGCACUUCUACUUCUGGGUUCUUUCCUGCUGUGUUGUGAGUCUCGUGAAUGUAGCAUUGGAUUCAAAAUAAAAAACAAGACCUGUGUUGAUGAAGAUGAGUGUGAGACGCCGAGUCAGUGUGGUGAUAACGCUCAGUGUAUCAAUACAAAUGGAAGUUACUACUGCACCUGUGAUGAAGGAUUUCGAUCAAACACACCCAAUUUCACAGCAGAUAAAGGACAGUGUUUAGAUAUCAAUGAGUGUUUUAACAAGAAAGUUGAAUGCUCAGGUGAGAAGGAGUGUGUGAACACCUCAGGCUCCUACAAUUGCACGUGUCCUAAAGGAUAUCGUGACUCAGAAUGUGGAGAUGAGGAUGAGUGUUUGUCCUCAGUGUGUGGAGUUCACAGCAAAUGCAUUAACACACCUGGCAGUUUCUUCUGCACCUGUUACCCAGGGUUUGAUAAACUUGAGAACGGCACCUGUGCAGACAACAAUGAGUGUGAAGAUCCAGAAGUUUGCGGCACAAACGCCAAAUGCUUCAAUCUUCCAGGCAGAUACAGGUGCACAUGUCACCAGAGUUACAGUAACUACGGCAACGACCAGUCAAAAUGCAUCAAGAUGAACUGUGACGAGUUUAAGAUAGAGUCUGAUAUGGAGGAAAUGCCUAAACAGUGGAAGGAUUUACUGACGCGGUUGAGGAACAGCUGUGAGUCUCUUAGUGGUCCAAAUGGAGGCAGUCAAGCUGGAGAACAGUUACUGGAGAACCUGUUCACCUCCACCGACGAGCUGCUGUCGGGUGGAAACAUCACUAGCGGAAAGAUGUUGAGUCAGUUUCUGGACACGGUGGAGAACAGCAUGCGUCUGAUCGGACCUCAGCUUAAAGAGCCUGUGACCAGGAUGGAGACGCACAACACCUUCGCUGAGGUUGUAGUCACACGGAGUCAGACUCCGCCCACUGGGAGUGUCACUCUGAGCACAGACUCCGCCCUCUUCAACACCAGCUGGGAGACAGUUGUAGGGAAAUCAUAUCCAGGUUUUGCGUUUGUGGCGCUGGUCAGUUAUAAAGAUCUGGACACAUCUGGCCAUCAGUUCCACAAGAUCAGCAGAACAUCACAGGAGCAGGAGAGCAGAGAGGGAGAAAUCACUUAUCAGCUCAACUCGAAGGUGGUGACGGCCGUCGUCAGUAAUCCAGAAACCAAACAGCUGUCUGAGCCGGUGAUGCUCAUCUUUACGCACAAUGAGGAGAGGGCGGAGUCUGGGGGUGUGGCUUACUCCUGUGUGUUCUGGAAUAAGGCUGAGGGGGCGUGGUCUGGGCGGGGCUGUGAGAGGGCGUGGUCUAACAGCACUCACACAGGCUGUUCCUGCUCUCAUCUCAGUAGCUUCGCUGUGCUGAUGGCCCUUUAUCCCAUACAGGACUCGUUUGAGCUGGUGUUGAUCACACGUGUGGGUUUAGGUCUGUCUCUGGUCUGUUUAUUUCUCUGUAUCCUGACGUUCCGGUUCUGCCGCUCAAUCCAAGGAACCCGAAACAGCAUUCAUCUUCAUCUGAGCGUGUGCCUCUUCAUCGCAGACCUCGUCUUCCUCUGCGGGAUCUCCAGCACUCACAACAAGGUAGCGUGUGCGAUUGUGGCCGGCCUGCUUCAUUACUUCUUCUUGUCUGCGUUCUGCUGGAUGCUGCUGGAGGGGGUUCAGCUCUACCGGAUGCUUGUGCUGGUGUUUGAAAAAACGAUAAAACAUCUCUACAUGUACGCCGUGGGAUACGGAGUCCCUCUCGCCAUCGUCAUUAUCUCUGCCAUCUCUUAUCCGCAGGGAUACGGCACGGAUCGACACUGUUGGCUCUCCCUUGAAUUCAUGUGGAGCUUCUUCGCGCCCGUCUGCAUCAUCGUCAUCCUCAACAGCCUUGUUUUCGUCAUGACCGUGUGGAAACUGGCCGAAAAGUUCUCCAGCCUCAACCCGGACCUCUCCAAACUCCGCAAAAUCAGGGGUUUCACGGUGACCGCAGUGGCUCAGUUGUGUGUUCUUGGAGGGAUGUGGGUUUUUGGCUGCUUCCUCUUCCAGCAUGAGGGAACUCAGGUUUUGUUGUACCUCUUCACCAUCCUCAACAGCCUCCAGGGGGCGCUCAUCUUCAUCAUGCACUGCCUGCUCUCCAAACCGGUCAGAGAGGAGUAUUGCAAGCUGAUUAGUAGGAUCUGCUCACAAAAGGAGAAGAAAUAUUCAGAAUUCAGCACCAAUGCGUCCAGCAACAGUCAGCGACCUCUGCGGAGCGAUCAGACCACAGGAGAGUCGAAGAUAUAGAGCAGCUGUCGUGUCCUGGAGGAUCUUCACAGAUGUUUGACCUUUUAAAGGCACAUGGAAGCACAACUUCUCACAUGGGACAGCUUUCCAUUGAGAAGAUCUUAAACUGCUUUCUUUCUGUCUGUUAAGCAAGAGUAUGUCAGGUGUAGGCUCGUCACAUGACGCAUGCGUCACUGGUGGCGGAUUUGAUACAUAUCAGCUAAAAUGUCUAGGUCUGAUUUCUUCCUGUACUGGACUUUGGAGACACUUUAGCUCUUCUUUGUCAAGCCUUUAGUGGAAAAUGUCUUACUUUACAUGCAAAAGGCAGCUUUUAUUUGCUUAUAUGAGAAACGUUGUUUGUGAACAUGAUAUUUGAAGAACUAGUCUCCAAUCUGCCUUAAGAAAGAGGUAAUUUCUCAAAGACACAUCUGUUCUCUGAAGCCUUAAUCUGCAAUUAAUCACAGAUGCAGGUUUAUGUGAUCUGCACUUACACGCCACUUUACGUCUUUAAGCUGUUGAGAAAUUUAACCUCUAUUUAUGUGGGAAACAGAUGAGGUACUUUAGAUUCGUGAAGCUAUUUAAACCGAGCCGACAUUGCAUUGCACAGAGCAGGUCUUAGUUAAUGUCACAAAGAGGGCUUAAAUCCUCAUCCUCUUCAAAAUCGAAGUAAUUCUAUAAUAUCAUUUGCCUUAGUUGGUCCACAAGCUUGCAGCAUUGGCUGAGGCCGUUGUUUCACAUUUGAAAAGGAAACAGAAAAGACGCAACAACAACAGACGCUAGCGUUGAUAAGCGUUUCUGAGAUUCCCCCAAAUCUAUAGUUUAAAGACUUUUUAAUGGGUUAUAACAUCUGGGUAAAAAUAGCGCACACAAUCAACUGUAGCAUAAUCUGAAAGGCCAUGCGUUUGUGUCAAAACUAACGCAUACUUAGUGUUUAUAUUUUUAAAAACGAAAAGUGAUUUUGUUAGAAGAUCAAGAUAAUGCAAAAGUUUAAUAUCUCUAGCUUCUGCAACACAGAUUUUUUUAACCCCUUCAGACCUUGCGUCCAUUGGAAUGGCCAUCACAUGGUUUUUGGUUUAAACCAAUAAGAUUUUAUGUUUUUUAUAAUAUAAGUACUGCCUGGUCACUGAUUGGUCCCAGAUCUACCAAUCACAAUGAAAGAAUUACCCAGAACUUAAUCUGAUUGUGCUUCAGGCAUCACAAAAAACAGGCAUGGCUAACCAACCAGACAGGAGGAGGAGGAGGAGGAGCUGCUUUUUUAUCUUUAUAUGAAGAUCUAUGUUCAUGGCAUCAUCAACUUGCACCUAUUACAAUCUUAAUAAUAUCAAGUGAUAAUAUUCAAAGUUAAUUUGAAAAUCUUUCAGAGCUUUUUUUAAGUUUGAUGUACAUCACAAUGGACAUUAGCUCUUAAUCAUAUUAUUAUUAUUUUUUUCUGAUUUUGUCUUCCAUGUUGUGAUCAUAAGCUGUCAUUCAGUUUUUCAUUAGUUUUAGUGAAAAACAUAAAUGUGAAAUGAGUGCAUACACUGCAACACACACACACACACAGAGACAUAUACACACAUAUUCCCAUUCACCCGCUGCAAACAACAAAAAUAACAAAACAAGUUUUCUUAUCAUUCAUCUUACAUUUUCUCUACAGUCUUAUUGCAUUGCUCUUUGUUACAGUAUGUGUUCUUUUCAAAAUGUUCAAUGCUAUAGUUCACAUAUUGUGUUAAGAACUGUAUGGUUAAAAAUUUUUGUUGCUUAAGCCCCUGAUGUCCAUUGUAGUGGACAUGAUAAAAAUCUAAUAAAAAAAAUGAGUUUGCACAAAUCUUUUUUUUUUAGAUUCAUUUAUACAUUAAAGAAGAGCAAAUAUCAAGUGAAUAUAUAUAUAUAUAUAUAUAUAUAUAUAUUUUGCUCAGUGGAAUAUAAUUCAGGUCUGAAGGGGUUAAGCUAACUAUUCUAUAUGUAAUGAUGAUAUUUGAUAGAAACAAAUGUUUUAUUUUACAUUUUCCACAAUGGAUAAUAUUUUUUCUUUUUAAGGAAAAAAGUUUUUUUGGCUGUUAUUUUUUUUUUAACUUGAUUUUGUCAUACUCUGUCCAUUAUUAUACUUCCGAUUGUAACGUUACUGUACGCAUUGUGUUUUAUUGCAUUUCCGUGUCUGAAUCAGUUCAAAUUUGUAACAAUCUGAGGGAAAUAAGGGGCAAUUUCAUUCCUUAAUGUGGUACUGCCAUGUUUUUGUGUUGUUGUUGUUUUAUAAGUAAAUAUUUAAUAAUUGCUAAAAGAA